AUCAAAUGUCUCAUCAUUUUCAACCUUUGCCUGGGACUCAUCUUCCUGUCAGGAUUCUUCUAUAUGAAGAUUAAAAAUUACACAAUCUCAAAGAGCCAUGAGGAGCUGCUAAUACCUCCCAUGCCUUGCCACCCCAAGACUAACGUCAUGUUCCUCAAGACCCACAAGACAGCCAGCAGCACUGUUCUGAACAUCAUGUUCAGGUUUGUGGAGAGGUACAACCUCACUGUUGCCCUCCCAGCUGGCCAGCUCGUCCACCUGGGCUACCCGAAGACCUUCCUGGCCCACUUUGUGGAGGAAUUUCAAGCCAUAGGACAAAACUACAAUAUCAUGUGCAACCACCUCCGGUUUAACCCCUCAGAGGUACAAAAGGUGAUGGCAGCAAACACAUUCUACAUCUCCAUCCUGAGAAACCCCAUUCCUCUGCUGGAAUCUUCCUAUGUCUACUACAAGGGCGAUGUCCCUGCCUUCAGGACAUCCAAGGACGUGAAUGAGUACCUGGCAUCACCCAUGAAGUAUUACCAUCCAGCAGAUUACAAGCAAAACAUCUACGCCAGGAAUAUCAUGUGGUUUGACUUUGGCUAUGAUAACAAUGCAGAGGACAACAAAAAGUACAUCCAGGCAGUCUUGAAGGAGGUUGAACAGAACUUCCACCUGAUCUUGAUAACAGACUACUUUGAUGAGUCCAUGAUCCUCUUGAAGCACACUUUGUGCUGGGAUCUAGAUGAUGUGGUUUACUUUAAGCUCAAUUCCAGAAGCCAGGACACUGUCCAGACCUUGACUCCAGAAAGCAAAGAGCGGAUAAAAGCGUGGUGCUCACUGGACUGGAAGCUCUACCUGCACUUCAACCAGAGCUUCUGGAGGAGAAUUGAGGAGACCAUAGGACUCAAGGAGCUGGAGAAGGAGGUGAAGCACCUGCAAACAAGACAGAAGGAGCUCAUGGAGACCUGUCUCUCAGACCAGGAGGCAGUGGGGAAGGAUCACAUCAAAAACAAAGCUCUCCUGCCUUACCAGUCAGGGGCUACAAAUAUCCUUGGGUACAACCUCAAAGAAGACUUAGACAACAGGACUCUCAGAACCUGCCAGAAAAUGGUUAUACCAGAGCUCCAGUACAUGUCCUAUCUUUACGCUGUUCAACACCCGCACAAGAAGAGGAAGCAGUUAGGCUUGCCCUUGCUGUGGACCAGUUUCCAGGAGAAGAUGCAGCUCCAAACUCCCAACUAG